UCAAUAAUGGUUGCACCGGCCAUAUUCUGGAGGUUCUUCAGGAGAAGCUAUCCUUUGGAUCCUGCUGCAGAUUCAGGACUUUGGAGCUUUGCCCGCCCGUCAUGGCAUUAAAAAACAAAAAACGUUGUGCUGCACGAGCACAGACAUCCUCCUGCCGUCACAGCUCCAGAGCCAAGAUGGAAACAAAAACUUCCACUGGGUUGGAAUCAGAACGAGGCUCGGAGGCCACACAGGCAGGGAUCAGAGGGAAAAUCUGGGAACGGUCUGUGGGAAAUAUUCGGGGUGAAGAUGCCACCAGCUCAGUAGCAGAGGUCCAUCACUUCAGGCGCUUCCGCUACCAGGAGGCCCAGGGGCCCCGAGAGGUUUGCAGCCGACUUCACCGUCUUUGUCAGCUGUGGCUGAAACCAGAAAGGUGCAACAAGAUGGAGAUCUUGGACUUGGUGGUUCUUGAACAGUUCCUGGCCAUCCUGCCCCUGGAGAUGGAGAGCUGGGUCAGGGAAUGUGGGCCGGAGACCUGUUCCCAGGCGGUGGCCCUGGCAGAAGGCUUCCUCCUGAGCCAGGCAGAUGGUCAGAAUCAGGACCAGCAGGGGCUGUCAGAAGAGGCUGCUGAUUUCUGUGAGGUAGAAAAGGCACCAUCCGAUCUGAGGCAGGGGCCGCUGUUCACCACACAGGAGAGUGAUGGAGGUGGUAGAAGGACACUAGUGGAUGGAUCUGGAGCGCUGAGACUGCGUGGUGGACGUCAGGCAGCCUCUGAGCAGCCAGAUCAGGGUUUGGUGACUCUGGAGGAGGUGUCUGUCUGUUUCACCCAGGAGGAGUGGGCGCUGCUGGAUCCGGACCAAAGGGCAUUGCACAGGGAAGUCAUGGGGGAGAAUCGCAGGAAUCUCGACUUUCUCGAGCACGAGUGCAAGAGAAUGGGAGAAGAAGAUAAAAAGGGAACUGAAGCAAUAUCAAAGUGGAGAAUCAAUUCCAUUGUUUCUGAAGAUGCCAAUUCCCCUGAAAUUCAAGUCCAGGAAGAAAGUCGCAAAAGAAAGAAAACGAUUCUCACUCAAUGUGCUAAAAUCUUAACUAGGAAAUCAAGGUUUAGCUCACGUCUGCAAAUGCAAAAUCAGGGAAAUCAUGUGGAAGGGUCAGAGUGUGGGAAGAGCUUCAGCUUGGGCCAAGACCUUAUUUUACAUGAAAGACUGCACACCCAGGAAAUGCUACAGUGUGAAAAAGAUCAAAAAAUGGAACACCUAACUCAGCAACAAAGAGAGCACAUAAGUGAGAAACCUAAUAGAUGUCCAGAUGGCAAAAGGAGCUUCAGCCGUAGCUCAAAGCAUUCUUCCCAUCAUAGAGGAGAGAAACCUAAUAAAUGUUCAGAUUGCGGGAAAAUCUUCAAAAGUAGGUCCUACCUUACUUUCCAUAAAAGAAUCCAUACAGGAGAGAAACCAUAUAAAUGCUCAGAAUGCGAGAAGAGCUUCAGAUGGAAAAGUGACCUUUCUGUUCACGAGAGAAUGCACAAUGCUGAAGACGCAUAUAAAUGCUCAGAGUGUGGAAAGAGCUUCAAAUGUAGAGCAAGAAUUAUUUCCCAUCAAAGAAUGCAUGCAGAUGAGAAACCAUAUAAAUGCUCAGAGUGUGGAAAGAGCUUUUAUCGGAAGGCCCACCUGACUAACCAUCAAACAACCCACACAAGGGAGAAAUCAUUUAAAUGUUCAGAUUGCGGAAAGAUGUUCAGAUAUAGAUUCUACCUUACUUUCCAUCAAAGAAUCCACACAGGAGAGAAACCGUAUAAAUGCUCAGAAUGCGAGAAGAGCUUCAGAUGGAAAAGUGACCUUUCUGUUCACGAGAGAAUGCACAAUGCUAAAGAUGCAUAUAAAUGCUCAGAGUGUGGAAAGAGCUUCAACUGUAGAGCAAGCAUUAUUUCCCAUCAAAGAAUGCAUGCAGGUGAGAAACCAUAUAAAUGUUUAGAAUGUGGAAAGAGUUUUACCUACCGUUCCGGCCUUGCUAAGCACCACAGAAUUCACACAGGGGAGAAACCAUAUAAAUGCUCAGAGUGUGGAAAGAGCUUUUAUCGGAAGGCUCACCUGACUAGCCAUCAAACAACCCACACAGGGGAGAAGCCAUUUAAAUGUUCAGAUUGUGGAAAGAUGUUCAGAUGUAGAUCCUACCUUACUUUCCAUCAAAGAAUCCACACGGGAGAGAAACCGUAUAAAUGCUCAGAAUGCGAGAAGAGUUUCAGAUGGAAAAAGUACCUUUCUAUUCACAAGAGAAUGCACACUGGUGAAGAACUCUAUAAAUGCUCAGAUUGUAAAAAGAGCUUCAUCUGUAGGUCAAGUGUUAUUUACCAUCAAAGAAUCCAUGCAGGGGUGAAACCAUAUAAAUGUUCAGAAUGUGGGAAAAGCUUCCAUCAUAAGGGCCAACUUACUUCCCAUCAAAGAAUCCACAGAGAGGAGAAACCUUAUCACUGCUCAGAGUGUGGAAAGAGCUUUAGUGGCCAUUCAGGCCUUGCUUAUCAUCACAGAAUCCACACAGGAGAGAAACCAUAUAAAUGCUCAGAAUGUGAAAAGAGCUUUACUUCCCAUUCCGGUCUUGCUUAUCAUCUCAGAAUCCACACAGGGGAGAAACCAUUUAAAUGCUCAGAAUGUGGAAAGAGCUUUAGGUCCCAUUCCGGACUUGCUUAUCAUCACAGUAUCCACAAAGGGAAGAAACCAUAUGAAUGCUCCAAAUGUGGGAAGAACUUCAGUAAGAAGGCCAUCCUUAUGUCUCAUCAGAAAACUCACACAAGGGGGAAGACAUAAAAAAUGCUCAGAGUGUGGAAAGAAGUUCAGACGGAGUGACAACCUUACUUGCCAUCAGAGAAUGCACACAGGGUAGAAACUAUAAAUGCUUAGAAAGUAGAAAGUGCUUUAGUCAAAGAUGUACUCAAACUAUCCAUUACAGGACUCACAUGGGGAAAACCUUAUAAAUAUUUGGAAUGUGUAGUGAGCUUCAAUCAGAAUGUGCAGUUUACAUCCUAUUAAAAACCUGACAGCCCGUGAUAAUUCCUGGGAACUGGAAGAGCUUUUCUUGGCUGUUUGGUGUAGUGGUUAAGAGCGCAGGACUCCCAUCUGGAGAACUGGGUUUGAUUUUCCACUCCUCCACUUGAAGCCAGCUGGGUGAUCUUUGGUCAGUCACAGCUUCUAGCUCUCUCAGCCCCACCCACCUCACAGGGCAUUUGUUGUUCUGGAGAUAAUUAUGACAUACUUUGUAAACUGCUCUGAGUGGAUGUUAAGUCAUCCUUUCUUUUGAAUAAAUAUUUUACUAGUUUUCUCAUAAAGAUAGGAAUAGGGGAAGGGGAAUGGGGAAAGGAAGGGCAUCCUAAAGUCUGCUUUUAGGAACAUCAUAAAGUCUGCUUGCAUCAGCAUUCUACUUAUCUACAUAUCAUAUGUCACACUACAAAUCCUUCAACUGUGAUUAGUAGUAACAGUUACAAUACUGCCUUCAUAUGUUUACUACAUUCAGGUCUUUAUAUUUGUUUUUAAUCCAGUUAUAAAAAGGAAUCCACGAGGGAGCAAAAUCUUCCAUCUGUCAUUAGUGAAGUUAGUUUGUCCAUUUCCGCAUUUUCCAUUAUCUUCGCUAUUAGUUCCUCUUGCUGGGGUGUUGUUGGUCGUUUCCAAUAGUACGCUAAUAAAGUUCUUGCUGCUGUUACUCCAUGUAUUAUGAAA